AUGUACUACCUUGACCAGCUGACGCUUAAGAACAUCAGAAGCUACAGAGACCAGCUUAGUACCAUUGUUUUUUCUCCUAACUUGACGAUUAUUACCGGUCAUAAUGGUGCAGGGAAGAGUACCCUGCUUGAAGCUCUACUAUAUCUUUUGAGUCAGGAAAGACCCGUGUAUGACCGUAUAGAGCCAAAGGUUGCCCCAGAGAACGCAGUAAUGCUUAUGCAAUGUAUUUUGAGACACGAACCAAAUACUUCGGAGGCGAACUCAAAGACAAUAGAAGAUCCUGGUUUUGAGCCCCCUUUAAAGGAGGCCGUUAAUUGCAAGAAGGUUGAUUGCAAGAAGAGUACCAGAGGAAAGAGUGUAAAGGGAAUACCCAUGACAUCCCUGAAAAGCAAUCAGGUGCUUCUUGAACUUACACGAACCAUUAAGCGUGGAGGAGGGGAUAAGGUAAGUUCUACACGGAGAAACAGAACACCCGAUUCUCCUGAGUUAUCCUCUGCUCUGCAACUGUGUGAUGGGCUGUUUCAAUAUUGCCUAAUAUGCAGUGAGACCAAAAGCCACUGGAUGUUCGAGACACCGGAGGAAAUUAGCAAGUCCACUGAUCAAAUACUCAACCUUGAUCGUUUCACCAAGCUAUCCAAAGAGUUCCAUCCGCCCCCAAAGGAGCUGGCUUCUUCCGAGGUGUGUUACACCACAGCACUAAAGGCUGUCGCCGAUCAAGAAGGAGAACUGCACAAGCUUACUAAGGAAAUGGCUAACGAAGAGCAGUGCAGAGACAAGCUGAGGAGGGAACAUGAGUUGCUGACCAUGUUUACUACUGACUUUGCAAGCCUUGCUAAAGCUGGGACUGACCUCUCUAAACUUCUUGGACUUUGUGCUGCAAACAGCGAUCAUCGGGAUAUCGCCAAAGACCGUAAGUCACGUCAGAUGCAAUUGGCCGAGCUUCCUAUUUCUACGCUCCUUUCUCAGAAAAUAUGCGCCAGUGGUGAUAGUCUAGUUCUGUACCUGAAUUUGCGAUCAGAAGAUACUGCACUUGCAGAAGCAUACACUAAUACUCUUAAAGCACACAACAUUUCUGGCUCUCACGUUCAGCUGGACGACGCCAAGAGCAUAUUUUCUAAGCUAGCAAGCGAUUCACUCCUUCAAGAAAGCAUGCUUUUGGCACAAUGGGAGAAGCUUAAAGCAGAAUGUGACCCUCAAUCUAUUCCAAGGUUUGUCGAUAAGUACAGAGCUAUGCUGGCACAGUUGUCAACGAUAAAGAGCAGCCACAGAGAUGUCUACACAGCUGUAGCAACGUCAGAUAAUGUGCACAUUAAUACGAAGCGCAAUCUGAUAGAAUCAUUUUAUCAAAAUAUUAUAGACUAUCCCAGUGGUCUUGAACCCAACGAGAGCCUUGACAAUAUCAGCGGUCUUGAAAGCCUCUGUCUAGAGCUUUCGAUGAUCUGCAUGAAGGUAUCUGCCAUUGACGAUGUAAUUAAUGAUAAUAUAGCACAGAAGCAGCGCGAUCUGGAGGCCAUUAGGGAGUCUAUAGCUGUUUUAGAUAACGCAGUUACUGCGGAAGAGCGUAGCCGCGAGGCCACAUCGAUACUCGUAUCCUUGUCUGGCUCUCUUUCUGACAAGUUAGCUGAGCUUCAGAAUGUUGAAUACGAAGAAAGCUCGAAAAGAAAUAGACUUCAAGAGUUGUCUAAUAGAUGCACUAACCUCAGAACGAGUGCUACGCAACAGCAAAAGGUUCACGAGCGCUUACUGUAUCUUUGUGCCAACCACUACGUGUCAUCAGAAGAAUUAACCAAAAUUAGAGAUACUCUCAGCGGACUUGAUCUUUUAACAUAUCUUCCCGCACUCCUCCUUGUUACGCUGAACCAUCAAAGAAAUCCAGAACAGGAUAUCGGGAGUGCCUGUAGGCUUGUCAUGCUUACGUGGGAAGAAAACUGGACUAAGCUAAAAUCAUGCUUGGAUUGUAUGGGCUACCCCCACAUAGAUAUCUUAACCAAUAUCACUGAGGGAAUCUCGUCUGACUGUUUAACUCUUUUGAACAAUGCCCUUAAUUUUAUUAAUAACAAAAUUAAAGAUUGCAUUGGUAUAGAGCUUAGGUUCUUGUUUUCUACCUCUGACGAUUUGCCAGGAAGCCUUACCAAAAUGGUGAGAAGCGUCUCUGACGCGUUACAAAAGUGGCUUACCACAACGGGGAACAUAAUCACUGUUAUUCCUACACUCCGCAACGACUUUUCUGUUUACAUUAACAAGCGUGCUAAGAUUUCUGAGGAGAUGGCUAAAAAUAUGCUGGUUCUAUUCGAAGGCUUUUUGGACGAAUAUAAACAAGACAUGGCCCAGCAAAAAGCAGACCUUGUCAACGCGAUAGUUUCGGCACUCGGUGCCUUUAGUAAUAUACUACCGAUUGCACUAAGUUGCCAAAAUUUAAACAUACCUUUUGAUAAAGCUCAUGUUGAGCUACUUGAAUUAGAAAAGAACGGACAGGUCAUGCAUAAAAUCAUGCUCGACAACAAUGAGAUAUCGAGCAGUGGUGAUAGAGCAGACGAUACACUCUAUCAGAUACUUUGCGGCGUGCCAACGAAUACGGUAACAUGUGACUCCUUUCCAUUGCUGAUACCUCAAUUGGAGUACCAAUCUGCAGAUUGCUGCACAAUAAUAGAUACAAUUAAUGCAUUCUUUGAUAAACUUAUCCUAGCUGCAAAGGGUUUAGAAAGCACACGUGUCGACUCUGAAAAUGAACUGAAUAGCCUAAGGAUACAGCUUAGCGACGAGGAGAACAGCCUUGUAUUAGUGAAGCAAGAGUCUGAAGAGCUAGAGAGUCGCGCCAGCUCUAUGCGGUUAGAGAUAUCAGAGCUCAAGGAGCAGUUUCUUGCGACGUCUAUUGAUGGGCAGCCGUACAGCAUAAACUAUGCACAGAAACUGGUUAAAGAAGACAUGCAAAUCGGUGAGAAGUUAAAGCAUUAUGGCGAAGAGCGAAAGAAGCUGUCGCUAAAGAUGGACGCAUUGAAAGAGGAGGUCGAUGCGCUGAUUCUUGAUACUACGCAGAUCUCGCUAUCAGAGUCUGCUACUGUGCCUCUUACUCAUGCGGAGUUCUUAGGGAUGAAGGAGGCACUAGAGAAGAUCAAAAAAUCUCCUUCAGCCACAGAGAUUGAAUCCGCAGCAAGCAGCUAUCAGGUAGCACACGACAAAACCCUUUGCUUGCAGACAAUACUAGCUAUUUUGGAAGAGUACGCUAUUGUCGAUGAAUUUCUAUCAAAGCUGCUAGCAUUGUUAGAUAGGGUUCGCUUACAAUUUGCUGGAUCCAUAGAAUACACUUGCUGUGGAGAGCUGCUGAACAUGGUUAAGAGAACAGAGGAAGAGCUCACCAACAAGUGCCAGACGCUUGGGGAUGUGCUGAAUGGUCUUACAACCAUGUCUUCUCUAUAUGAGAGUGCAAGAAGCCAAUCAGCAAUGGAAUUAUAUAAAAAGGAGGGAGUAACAGGAGAACAGAAAAAGCAACAUGAACGACUAAAGGGAGAACUGCACACGGCAGUAGAAAGGUAUGCACAGAGCAAGGCGUCCCUUUUGAUAGUCAAGGGGGCAAGUACGCUUUCAAUACUCAUGCAGCGAACUGUGAAGGAGUUCAAGCACAUGCUUCUGAAAAAGCUGAACAGCAAGCUCCAAUCACUGUGGAAUCAGUGCUAUGCUCGUACAGGAGCCACGAGAAACGAAAUAUCAACUGUACGCCUUGCAAUCACUCAAGUAGGAACAGGCGACAAGGCAAAAGACGUAAUCGAGCUGCAGGCCAUAUGCACCAACCCGGACACCGAUUGUCCUGUGGUUCGCUCGUUUCGAGAAGCAUGCUCGUCAGGGCAACAAGUCCUUCUUUCCAUUCUUCUACGACUAUCUUUUAGUUAUAUUUCCAUGUCGCCCUUCUCAUUCAUUGUGUUAGACGAACCUACAAACUAUCUAGACAAAGAAAACAACAAAAACUUAGCCCACGUGCUGGCUGAUUUUAUAUCUAGCGCACAAAACACCCAGGUUGUUGUCAUCACGCACAGUCUAGAGUUUCGCGAUGCUCUUAUUGCAGCAACUAACAAUACCAAUACGCGCGCCUACAAAAUCUCAAUGGAACCUGGAGGUUCAACAAUUCGAGAGAUUGCAUGGGGAUUGGAUGACGACCUGACCUACUAG